GGACUCGCUCACUCUGCUCGGAGAGCUUGGAGUGGACUGCCAGCGCUCCGGACGACGCGCCUUAAAUUAGGCAAGAACAAUUUUGUUAUUUGGCGCAGUAUGGACUUGCUACGCUGACUUACUACUUACUGUCAUGCCAAGAGACUGAGGUCGAAAGGCAGCUUGGGAUCUGGAAAAGAUGGAGGCCACGCCGGGCUACCAGGACAUCAGCGCUCUGGAAAAAUCGGUGGCCAAUGCAGGAUCGCAGCUUUACACGAUGGCCCACAAACUGCACGCGGUGGAGCGCAGCCUCGAACAGACGACGAUGGAGCAGAUGGACGAGAUGGAGGUCCUCGAGUUGCUCGAGUCGAUGAGCGAGGUGACCAACGAGUAUCAGAAUCUGCGCAAGGACAUUCGCGAGGUGCAGCAGUUGCAGCGUGACGUCAGCAGCUCCAUACGGUACCAAAUGCGCAGCAUGCAGCAGACUUUUCACACUCUAAAAAAGCGGAUAGCUAGCUCCCAGAAGGGUCGCAAACAGUCCAAGAAAGGGCUCGAUGGAGCAGGGGUUGGGAUUCAUGAAUAAUCAAUGGCCCUAUUGAUUGGCCUCCCUGGCGAAUAGGUGCGGUAUAUGUGUCAAUGGGGACGCAAAUGUAGGGACUAAAUUUACACCAAUCUGAAGCAAUCAACUGUAACUAUAUAUCGCAAGCCCACUCCAAGCAUUUAGACUCGGAAGCAAAUCCUAUACUUUAUAUACAUGUAUACACUUUAAGAAAGCCACAACCAUUGUAUGCUCAUUAAGCUUUUUUUUUGGUGUUUUAUUCCAGUGAUAGGCAGGACCACGAAAACUUACUGCUCUAAGAACACAAAAACACAAUGCUUAUCAUAGGUUAAAACCAUGUACGAUGAAUAGCGUUCUUUAGGGCGAACCGGAAUGUCUGAAUGCACUUUUCCAAAUUUUGCCUUAACAUAAUAGUAUUUUGAGGUAGUUUUUGAUACGACACGUUUUAAAAGAUAAUAUGUAGCAGACCGUACAUAUUUAGGCCACACACAAUGAUUAUUCUUAUGUUAGUUUCAUUUUUGGAGAUUUAUUUGUUGAGCUCUAGAGAAAAUAAAAGUUAGUAAAACCUCGAGAGA